AUGGAAACGGGUGUCUCUGUGUUGGCAGGGGCGACGGGUGAUAUUAUAGGCAGCAACAUCGACAUCCAGGCAAGUGUUCACACAGACGGGGGAUCUCGUGCUCUAGGACUACUUAUUAAACAUUGCUGCAUCGGAGCGCAGCUUGACUCGAAUGAACGAUUCGAUCCGCCCAGAUGCGACCCAAUGACCCGCGUGACGAUCACGAAGGAGAUGAUGGAUUGGGUGGCUGGAGGGGAUGAGUCUGCGUCGGCCAUGAUUCUCCACGGUCCCGCUGGGGUAGGCAAAUCGGCUCUGGCUCAGUCUGUCGCCGAAAUAUGUCAACAGGAGGGGCGCCUCGCUUCCACCCAUUUCCUAUCGCGCACUGCCCUGAACCCGAUGCGAAGUAAUGGGAACGCGGUCAUCCCGACGCUCGUUUACCAACUUAUUCAAGUGUUCCCGUGGCUUAAGUACCCUGUACUCAAGGAGAUCGAGGACAACCCAGGGAUCCUCGAGUUAUCACGCGCCGUUCAGAUGGACCGCCUCUUCAUCAAACACUUCAAUCAGACAUUCGUUCCAUUCUCCGCAGAUUUAACCAAACCACGAUUGGUUGUCCUGGAUGGGCUCGACGAAAGCAGCGAUCCCGACAUCCAAUGCGACCUACUUCGCCUCUUCAUCACUGCUCUCCCCCGACUUUCGUAUCCUUUCCGCUUUCUCAUUGCAUGCCGACCAGAGUCCCAUCUCAUGGCCGUCAUUAAUCGUGACCCCGCUUUUCAGACCGACCACAUCCGCCAAAUUGAUCUCGGUGAGGACCCAGACUCCGCAGUCGACAUAUGUGUAUUUCUUCUGAACGAAUUCGAGAGGAUUCGAAACACGCACUCGCUUGGGCAGUACCUUCCCGAACAGUGGCCAAGUCAACACGAAAUCAUGGCCCUUGUUCAGCGUGCGUCGGGACAAUUCAUCUAUGCCAACACCGUCAUCAGAUUCCUUCGCUCCCCGAAAAAGAAGCCUGACAACCAAUUGAGGAUCGUCCUUGGCCUUGCCCCUUCACCGAACUCCAAUAGUCCCUUUGGAACGCUAGAUGCGCUGUAUCGGCACAUUCUUUCCGGAGUCAAGGACAUCUCCAUCCUGUGGUCCAUCCUUGGAAUGAUCCAGCUUCGUGCGACCCCGACCGUCAUCGCGAAAGGCGUGUUCUAUCCCAUCUCCAUAACUUCUGGCAUCAACUACCCAAGUCCAUCCUUUCUUGAGAAAGCCCUGAAUCUCAAUCAUGGAGAAAUAAACUUUCAUCUCGAAGAAUUAGCCUCGGUUAUUAAGGUCGUAUCUAGGGAUGCAGAAAUUAAGGUCUUGUAUGCAUCACUCCUGGAUCUCCUGCUCGAUCCGGUGCGCGCCGGCGACCUCUCCCUCGAUCUGUCCUUGACCCAUAGGACGAUCGCCGAGUCCUACCUAAGCGAGAUGGACUUCGUAUCACGAGAUCUUCGAGCCGAUCCUGGGCCUAUGGCCGUCAUUUUUGCACUUUUAUCAUUCUUUUAUCACUGUCGAUGUGCCAAACUCUCGCCAAGAAUUGUCGAUACCAUGGGCCACGCAGUCCCCUUCUUUUUGACCUACUAUAGCGAUGUUGAUAGACUUGGCCUCAACUUCUUGGGCGGUUUUGUAGAGGCAUGUUUGAGAAACAUUGGCCAGGUAUUCCGAAAUAAGGACUAUCCCCGCCGCCCGCCGUCUCGUGGCUUAAUGGAUUCAAUAGCUCUGUUAUGGCAUCACUUUGGUGAUUGUCCAUCAAGCAUCGAUGCUAAUACCACAGAGAAUCUACCGUACAAAGAGAAGAUGAUGGCGAUUUUCCAACCCAUGGUGGACACCCUCCGAUUCGUUCUUACUUAUGUUGCCUCGGAAUCACGCCGUGGAAGAACAUUCGUGGAUUCCGUGAAGGAUUGGACGACAGGAUUCAUGUGGUUUAUAAAUGGCAACUCUGCGAGGCGAGCUCCCGGGGAUCUUGAAUUAGCCUGGGAGCUGACAGGAAACGGGCCAGAAACCCCCCUUUACACGCAAGGUGCCAUGCGUGCAGCGGCUUUUCUUGUCUUCGUCCAAAUGAUAUGCCGCUGCACGGACCCAAACGUGAUAAACGACCCAGACCCGCCUUCAUUCUGGGCUAUCACAUUCCUGAAGCUCGCUCUGCGCGACAAGGAAAACGGGUUUGAAUCGAUAGACGCUGCAACAUUAUUAAUCGCCCUUCUGCUUCUGCGUUAUUGCCGUUCCAACACCAGUCGCUCUCAAUUAGAAUUUGGGAAUAGCACGGAUUUCUUGCUGCGAUUCCAUUCAGGAUACCUGGCUUUGGAUCCGUCCCCAGGUUUAUUCAACUUUCCUAAACUUAUGAAGGCCUUCCAAGCACUGUCCGAAGGGAAGAACACUUAA